UGGCUGAAAUCCACAUUUUGUCUAUCUUCCUUGAGAACUCUGCAAAACCCUAACCCCUUCUUUCCUUGCUGCAACUGGGAACACUACAAAUGGCGACCAUGGCCUCCCCUCCCCAUCCCAAGAAACCCAAGAUGUCCUCCGACGACGAUGACGACGCCGGCGAGCCCACAUCCCCCACCGCAGCCGAUGCAAUAGCCUCCGAACCACCCCGCCGUCGCUACAAACGCCGCAAGAUCGCCAUCUUCUUGGCCUACUGCGGCGCUGGCUAUCAAGGCAUGCAGAAAAACCCCGGCGCCCGAACCAUCGAGGGUGACCUUGAAGAAGCCCUCUUCCUUUCCGGCGCCGUCCCCGACAAUGAUCGCGCUCAACCCCGCCGCUAUGACUGGGCCCGCGCGGCUCGCACUGACAAAGGCGUCAGCGCUGCCGGCCAGGUCGUCUCUGGCCGCUUCUACAUCGACCCGCCAGGCUUCAUCGACCGCCUCAACUCCCAUCUCGAUCCUCAGAUACGGAUCUUUGGGUUCAAGCGUGCUACGGCGUCGUUUAAUGCUAAGAAGUUUUGUGAUCGGAGGAGGUAUGUGUAUCUCCUUCCAGUGUUUGCUUUGGAUCCGAAUGCGCAUCCUGAUCGGGAGAGCGUGAUGGCGAGUUUGGGGACAGGGAAUGAGCUUCUUCGUUGCUUGGAGUGCUCUGAGAGGGGCCGCAAGGUUGCCGGAUUGAUGGGUCGCCAGUCUAAGCUUUCAGAUCAGAAUGCAAGUUUGGAUUUUGGAAAUGGGGAAGGUGUUGAUGUUGUUGAAGAAUCAGCGCCCCAAGUGAAAACUAUUGAUGGGAAAGAGGAGGAAAUGGAAAUGGCUGCUAGGACCAGUGAGUUCAGCUAUGGGGAAAAGGAGAAGGAGAGGUUCAAUGCUAUACUCAAGCAGUACGUUGGGACUCACAACUUCCAUAACUUCACUACCCGAACUAAGGCCGAGGACCCCUCUGCUCAGAGGUUCAUUAUUUCAUUCGAAGCUGACCAUGUGGUUAAUAUUGAAGGUGUGGAUUUCGUCCGGUGCGAGGUCGUUGGCCAGAGUUUUAUGCUGCACCAAAUUAGGAAGAUGAUUGGCCUUGCAGUUGCCAUCAUGAGGAAUUGUGCACCAGAGUCUUUAAUGGAGGUUGCUCUAAGAAAGGUUGUGAGAAUUAAUGUGCCAACCGCACCAGAGGUAGGGCUAUACUUGGACGAAUGCCUAUUUACCUCAUAUAACCAGAAAUGGAAGGAUUCACAUGAGGACAUGUCUAUGGAGGCUUACGCAGAGCAGGCAGAAGAAUUCAAAAUAAAACAUAUAUUCCCACACAUUGCAUCUAUGGAACUCAAAGAAGGAGCUGUAGCUUUAUGGCUUCACUCCUUAAACCACCGAAACUAUCCUGAUUUCCGAUUCUUGGAAUCAAAUGGAGAGACUGCAGGUCUGGAACAUGUUAAAGUUGAUGAGGCUGCCAAUUAACCACUUUAGAAAACAAUGGUUUGAUUCUUCUUUCUUCCAUAUACAUGAAUGGAAAUCCAAAACAUCUGUAACCCGUGAUUAUUUGGAAUGCUUUUUGUAUCUUAUAAAGUUUUGUGACAAAACUUGAUAUAUUAAUAAAAAGG